AUGAAUAAUAUAUAACAAUUUUUUGAAGAUAUUGAUACUAUGGAAUCUAAAAAAUCAUUCGAGGCAUUUACGAGAUGCAAAGGGACUAUAAUUUUUGGAGCAAAGGUUGAAUUAAUAUAUUUAGAAUAUUUAGAAAGAUUUUUUUAAUAUUAUAGGAACUCUAACUUUAAUAAUAGCUCUUAUUGUUUUGUACUUAAUUUUUAUAUUUCCUGCAGCACUAGACUAUUAAUAUGAUGCUCUUGCAAUUAUAAUUGUUAUAUGCUGUAUUCUUCCAAUUAUAACCCUGUUGAAUGUUACAAUGACAGGUUUUAUUUAAUAAAUCAUUAUAUUAUUAGAACCUGGUGUAUUGCUUAGAGGAGAUUUACCAGAUCCAAAAUUAUAAUAAUAAUAAACACAACCAGAAUAAAUAUCUCAAUAAAUAUAUAAUAGUUCUGAAUAAUAAAUUAAGAGAAAUGAACCACAUUAAAUUGUAUAAAUAACAGAAUAAUAAAAUCAAUCUGAAUAGAAUCCUGAAUUACCUAAUAUUUACACAUCCAGAUAUUGUUCAACUUGUAAAAUUAUGAGACCCUCAAAGGCUUCCCAUUGUAAAUUAUAUAAAAUAAUUAGGCAAACAUUGCAACCAUUGUGUUGAUGGUUUUGAUCAUCAUUGCUUUUGGGUUGGUACUUGUAUAGGAAUUAGAAAUUGGAGAGCCUUUUUAUUAUUUUUACAAUCAUCCUUAAUCGUUGUUAUACUUACCUUAUGCUAAUGUUUUAUAAAUUGUAAAUAUUAUAUUUAUAAUAAAAAGUAUCUUAAUAAUAUUUAGAUAUUUAUGAACUUUGGAUAUUAAUGUUUAAAUAUGCUAGCAUUCCUCUUAUAGUAAUUUAUGGUUUAUAUUUUCUUUGCGGUUGUUGGAAUCAUUAAACUUAUUUGAAUGUUAUAAUUUUAAUAAUUAUGUUCAUUCUUCCAAUAAUCUAUUCAGCUAUACUGAUGAACAUUGAAUAUACUUAUAAAGAUUAUAGAUAUUAUGAAAAUCCAUUUAUAACUAUUUUAGUUACAGUUAUAGUGCUAGUAUGCUUUUUAUUCCUUAUCCCUGUAAAUGGUCUCAAUUGCUAUUAUAUUUCAAUAGUAGAAUUAUAAAAAUAUAUUAUUGUAGGGAAAAACAGCUAAAUAAACAAAAUCAGAAGAUUAGUUUUAUAUUAGGAAAAAGGCAUUUGUUAAACAAACAUAUACAUUUUCUGGAGUAUUUCGAAAUUUAUUGUAUUUUUAUACAUAUCCAAUACCAUAAAGCCGUAAUUAAUGA